AUGUUGGAAAAGAGGGAACUUCUUGAUCUCUAUUCUUUUCCGGUUGAUGUGGAAAAGAUUUUGAAGAUUAAACUUCGCCUUUUUCCUAGUAGUGAUAAGUUGGUGUGGGUAGCAGCAAGGAAUGGAGAUGCAUUAAGGCGUCGAUCGUGCAACAUUGAUUCACUAUGCAUUGGUUGUGGAGGUGAGGAAACCAUUUUCCAUAUUCUUGUUGGGUGUAGUUUUGCGAAGGCAAUUUGGUUUGGAAGUGGUUUGGGAUAUAUUUCCCCUUCAUCUGGAGAUCAUUAUAAAUCUGGUUUUUUGUCAAAUUGGAGUUCCUUUUCUACUCUAGGCAAGGAGCGAAGGCACCAACUCACUUCUCUUUGCUCUUUUUUACUAUGGUGUUUAUGGAUUGCUCGAUGUGAUAAUAUUUUUGGGAGGAAAGAUUGGCGGCCUAAGGAGGUAAUUCGUGUGGCAACUAAUGCUCAUCCGGAAUUCCUAAAUGGUAAUAUGCUACCAACUUCCACUUCAAAUUCUGUUUUGGAUUAUAAUGCUCUUUCACAUGAUUCAAAAAAGACUCCACCACCUCAACGGUAUGUCAAGGUGAAUUGUGAUGCUAGCUUCUACCAAGGAACAACCAGCAGUGGUCUUGUAUUUAUAUUUAGGAAUUCUGCAGGGGCUUCUCUUCAUGCUGUUUCUAUACCAAGUUCGUUCACAUCAGUACUUGUUGGUGAAGCUGUGUCUAUUCGUUCGGCCUUGUUAGAAGGUAUUUCUGAAGGAUAUGAGCUUUUGCUGGUGGAGACGGAUCAUAGAGAUUUGGUGUCUUAUCUUCAACGUGGGUUAUUUAGCCCAUCAUUAGAAGUAAAACCUCUAGUGAUUGAUAGUCCUAUUUUACUUCUUGUUUAUUUUCAUACAUUCCAAGGGAGGUCAAUAGUGUUGCUAACUCCCUGGCGAGGAAGGCGUUGUUGGUAA